AUGGCAGGAGAUACGCAGGUGUCAGGUUAUCCGGUGACGGACGAUGUCGAGUACGGAGAGCCCAAGCAGGUCUCGCCGGUGCAGUCGCCCACGGUGGCCUAUGGCCAAAGCAGCGAGGACGAGAAGUCUCUUCGGUGGCGCCAGGACAAACGCAUCAUCCCACUCUCUGCUGGCAUCUAUUUUCUUUGCUACCUCGACAGAUCGAAUAUAGGAAAUGCCAAGAUCAUGAACUCAACAACUCACAACGAUCUCUUAACCGAGACUGGUAUGACAAACUAUCAAUACACCAUUGCAUUGAGGAUAUUCCUGGUGGCGUAUGGUCUUUUCGAGCUGAGACCCUCUCGUUGGAUUGCUUUCCUGAUGCUGUCGUGGGGCGCUUUAACAAUGGGUCUUGGAGGCGUAACUAGUUACGCCUCGGUCACGGUGGUGCGUUUUCUGCUCGGCGUCUUUGAAGCUGGGCUCUUUCCAGGGCUGGUUUACUAUCUUACCUUCUGGUAUACGUCCUCUGAGAGAAGUAUCCGGGUGGCCUUCAUUCUUGCGUCAGCCACGCUCGCGGGUGCGUUUGGGGGUGCAAUAGCUUAUGGCAUAGGCCACAUGAACCAGGCCGCGGGACUGUCCGCCUGGCGGUGGCUCUUCAUCAUCGAGGGUGCUCCAUCGUGCGUCUCGGCGUUCGCUGUGUGGUUCUUCUUGCCGGACUAUCCAGAGAGUGUGACCUGGCUUACGGACAACGAGAAGGCAAUCGCGGCACGCCGGCUGGAGAUCGAGGGCAGCAAAGGCCACGAUAAAGGUAUGACCUGGGCGGACGCCAGGGCAACAUUGCUCGAUGGUAGACUCUGGGUACACUAUAUCAUUUACUUCGGUAUCUCUGUGCCUUUUAGUUCCCUGAGUCUUUUUACCCCUUCAAUUACAGCGGGUCUAGGCUACAAAGACCUCGAGGCACAGCUCAUGACUGUCCCCCCGUACGCAGUGGCAUAUGUGGUCCAAAUCUUUACUGCAUGGCUAGCUGACAAGUUCAAUGCCCGGGGAUUGGCCUCCGCUCUUUUAGCUACCGUUGGAGCUGCCGGAUUUAUUGGUUCUGCUGCAUUGCCAGCCACGGCAUACCUUCCACGAUAUGGCUGUCUUAUCGUUGCAUCAUCUGGUGCAUUUGCCUGCAUACCCCCUCUACUUGGCUGGCUAUCUUCCAAUAUCUUUAGCACGGCUUCCGUCGGUCUAGCCAUAGCACUCAACAUAGGCCUUGGCGGUGCGCCAGGCCAGAUCGUUGGGGUCUGGAUCUAUAAGGCAAACGAGGCGGCCUCUGGAUACCCAACUGGUCACUGGACAAACGCUGCCCUCUUGCUCAUGGUUGCAGUCGGAUGCGUGACGCUCAGGGUAUACUACGGUUGGAGGAAUCGCAAGCUCUUACGGGCCGGUACAGUCAACGAACCGAGACUGUUCAGGUACUAG